AUGAUCAAGUCUGUAUCUAAGUAUAUACUUGUGUAUAUAUCGGUGUCUGUACCUGUUUCUGAAUUCACAUCUAACUGCUCAUCUUUCAAGCAUCCUGCACUUCUCAGUGUCUGCAGAGUUGCUAGAGAGCGAGGACUCAAGAAGUAUCAGGUUUUGACAGUUCAAAAUUCUUGGAAGCGAGAUAAGAAAAUGUAUGAUGAACGAAACGAAGAGGUCGAACGUCUGGGACAUGGUCUGACUAAUCCUUUCAUUGGUCCCGAAGCUGCAACGACAAACUUCAAAUGUUACAUCAAUUACGACUGGGAUACGGUAUUUAUUAACACAACACACAGUCGAAUUUAUGACGACGCCCUGCCUGAUGGUGCCGAGACUUGGCGUGAAGAUGUCGGAUAUCAAUUCUUGAAGGACUUAUAUUUCUCGCCAGCUGGAGACCAAAUCCAAAGUCUCGCUAUCGACUACUCAGUCGCUGCGAAAUGGCUUGACACUGGUCGCAAUAACUGGAAAUAUUGCCAAGUAUUGGCUGCCAUGCCCCAAUUGAGCAAGCUUGCAGUUGCCUGGACAGAUUAUCAGGGACUCGAAGGUAUCCUUGAAAAAGAAUGCUGCGAUGUGGAGAUCGUCAGUGUUGAGCCUGGGAGGAAGUUGACUAACGAGGAGCGCUACUGUCCCAAAUUCCCCUGCGGAGAUUACCAUCGACAUGUCAAGAAGUUCAAAGCAAUGGGCAGUCUCGCUCCAAAUUUUGAAGAGACUUCGCCUGGUGAGCAAUUCGCUUCCGGAAAGACGUCAACUACUUGGAAAAAAAAUAUCAUGGCUGCGAUUCGAGAGAGACGUCCUCGCAAUCCAGCGGACCACGCGCCUGACUCCUUCCAUUUCAUUGAGGGAGGUAAAUCAAGAUAUAGAGACCUUGAUGACUUGGAGCUUUCUCAGGUCCACAUUGAGCGGGAAAAGAAGUAA